CGAGGAUGGAAAUUUGUGCUAGCCGUGAACGUUGCAGAGGGUACAAUGUCGCUUUCAAACCCCACGUCCUGCUGAUGAAUCCAACUGAACUCAUUCCUUCGCAGAUCCAACUCCCCGUGGCUAGAUUCACAGUCAACUGAUCUCCUGGGACCAUAUAGAAGAUGACCCCAGCACCAGCUACGCCAGUCGUCCACGUUGACAAGUCCCACGCGGCCAAGGACGCUCCCUAUGCUCUCUCGCUCGCCCGCUCCCCCGUCCCUCGCUUCGUAGCCUUCGAUGCCCGCUUCAUCCGUGACGUCAUUGGCCCGGAGACAGACUCACCGCAGCUCACCCUGAUCGAGAAGCGCAGCUAUCAAUUCGCCCACGAAGCAGGCGUCUACAUCAAGCCCACAAACUCGGUCUACUUCACCGCCAAUUUCCAAACAUGCGACCCGAUCGAGCUCUACGCAAUCAAUUGCGACACGCAUGAGAUCUCCAAGCUCGACUACCCGGACGUCGUCCAGGCCAACGGGGCGUGUAACUUCGAUGACAAGGUCCUGUACUGCGCGCAGGGGGAUCUCUCGCGUCCAUCGGGACUGGUGCUUGUCGAUCCCGUGACGGGCCGGGCAGAGACGCUGAUCAACAAUUUCCAAGGACGGCAUUUUAAUUCUGUCAAUGAUGUCGUAGUGCAUCAUGGCACCGGUGAUAUCUGGUUCACCGAUCCCACGUACGGAUAUGCGCAGGCCUUUCGGCCAUCGCCAGAGUUGCCUGCGCAGGUGUACAGAUUCCGUCCCUCAACGGGAGAGUGUGUGGUAGUAGCCGAUGGGUUUGAAAUGUGCAACGGGCUCUGCUUCAGUCCCGACUACUCGAGGAUGUACAUUACGGACACCGGUGCUAUUCAGGCUCAUAAUGGGCCCGGUGAUGGACAUCAACUUUUUGCCGAUCCGAGGAAACCUGCAAGUAUCUAUGUGUAUGAUGUGGUUGAUGACGGGACGCGCUUGGGCCACAGGCGGACAUUUGCGUACUGUGACACAGGCGUCCCUGACGGCAUUAAGUGUGAUGAAAAUGGGUAUGUUUAUUCUGGCUGCGGAGACGGUGUACAUGUUUGGGACUCCCAGGGUAUACUCCUGGGCAAAAUCAUUGUAGGUGGGAUUACAGCGAAUUUCAACUUCGUUAGGGGCGGUAUCUGGAUGUUUGCCGAAGAGGAGUUAUGGUUCUGUAAGCUAAAAGCAAAAGGGGCGCUUGUGGAUAUAGAAUGCUGA